AUGCUUCUUUCCUUCUAUGGCGACCCGAACAUCGAAGGCAACUCCCCCGUCUAUUGGAAAUUCACAGAGAAGAUGACCGGUAUUAAGACAAACAUCUCAGGGCCUUUCUUCUACCUGGCUAGCUCUGCUUCCUGGUCUCUCUGGAGGAAGGGUGCUCUCUUUGUCUCAGUGUUCGCCCCUCUGAUGCUCGUGACAACCGCUAUCUUGAGUUGGGCCCUCCUUCGUGAGAAAGUUAAUCUCGACAAGUACAUACUUAUAAUGAUGUUGGGGAUGGAUUGUGAUAAUUGUGGGGAUAUAAGUGGUUUUAUGGAGGAAAUGCAAGGACAUGUAAAGGAGGACGAGAUGAAGCCAGACCUAGAGUUGCAAGCCGAUGCACCGUUGGAUGGCGAUCAUCAUGUCCAUGCUGAAGUCUAA